AUGGAAAGUACAGUGCCCAGUAUGUUGAAUAUUGCUGCUGCCGAAGGAGGUGCCCGGCUGUUAUACCUCGAUGCAAAUUUGGCUGACGUAAAUUUCGUGUUUGAAGGUGAAUCUCAAAAAGUGCCCGCAAAUAAAUCGAUUUUGGCUGUGCUGAGCCCAGUUUUCCGUGCCAUGUUUUACGGUGCAAUCAAAGAAAAAGGCGACGUUAAAAUUGUGGACACAAAUGGCAAAACGUUCAAGGCAUUUCUACAAUUCUUUUAUUUGAAAAACGUAACUGUGCCGAUGGAAAGUAUUGAAGAUGUAAUCCGAUUGGCCGAUUAUUACGAUAUAAAGAAUCAUGUUAGCGAAUGUGCUAUGCUUCUCGUGAAUAACCUUUCGUUGGACGAUAUUUGUUGGGGCUAUCAAUUGGCUUAUUUUCUUCACAACGAUAAGCUAAAAGAAUAUUGUGUAAAAGUUAUCAGUGCAUUUCCAUUGGAUAUUUUCAAAUCCAAUUCAUUUCAUCAAUGCAAUCCAGUCAUCUUGCAACAAAUUUUGCAAUUGGAUUCUUUAAAUUGCAACGAAUCGGAUGUGUUUGAUGCAUGUUUAUCAUGGGCCAAAAACUAUUGCAAUCAAAACGGAAUGGAUGAUAGCAACGCGCAAAAUUUGAAAUCAGCAUUGGGUGAAUGUUUUGAAUUGAUACGAUUUGGUGCGAUGAAGGUGGACGAAUUCACAGUACAUGCAAAGCUGUACACGGGAAUGUUUUCGGACGGUGAAUUGGCUGAUCUUCUAUUCACGACGACAACCAAAGAUCAUGUAUCAAAUAGAUUUAAGCGCGAGUCACGAUCGAAACCGGCCUUCAAAUGGCAUUUAAAUGACCAAAUGAUUUGUAAAUUAGAAAAUACGAUGAGUGCUAAAAGUAAUUGGCUCAAUAACAAUGACUACACGUAUUUUUCAACGAAUUGUCCAGUGCUUUUGGGUGAAGUCUAUUUUCAUCGCUUACAGCGACAGAGCAAUGGCAGUAAUGAACCACCACGCGUCACAAUGAACAUAAAAAUUGUCGAACACAGCGAUAUAUCUUUUGAAUUAAGUGUUGGAAAAACCACUCUUUUUAAUGGUCCAAUAAGUUAUGUCAAAGCAACUGAAUCGAAAAUUUUGUUGAACCCACCUCUAUUGAUUAGUCCACGGAAAAUGUACCAAAUUACUUAUGACGGAUCGUUUAGCGAGUAUUAUUAUUAUGAGUCAGAAAAUUCGGAAAUAAACGUAAACGAAAAUUUUACCGUUAAAUUUCACACUCCAAACAUGGCAUAUGGUGAAAAAAUGGGCUUAGUUUCACGUUUGUAUUUCAGUCAUUUAUAA